AUCUCAACACUCAAUAACUGAUUUAAUUGACUGUCUGAAAUUUUAUCACAAGCAUCUCAAAACAGGAUCAAACUAAAAUCAUGUCUAUAGAAUCUGAUUUGCAGAGAAGGCUGGAUGAGAAUGUCAAAAGUAAAGCUGAUGAAUCAACGAAAGAAGAAUGCCCCGACAUAAAUGCUGUAGAAUGUCACGACCAAAAUGUUCAAGAAAUGAGCAUCAUUAUAUCACUAGUUAAGAAUAUGAAUGAUAUGAAAUCGAUUAUAAGUAUUUUCACGGAUAGAAAUAUCAAUAUUCUUCACAUUGAAAGCAGAUUAGGAAGGUUGAACGUGAAAAAGCAGAGGAAAAAUCUAGAAUUUGAACCACUGGAGUUAUUAAUUCAUGCUGAAGUUCCAUGUAUAGAAUCUGAGAGCCUGUUGGAAGAACUGAAGUCUUUCUCAUCUUAUCGUAUUGUUCAAAACCCUCCAAUGAACUUAGCUGAGGCAAAGAAUCCAACUGUAAACGAUAAAGUACCUUGGUUCCCAAGACACAUUUCUGACUUAGAUAAAGUCUCAAAUAGUGUUCUGAUGUAUGGAAAGGAAUUGGAUGCAGAUCAUCCGGGUUUCAAAGACAAGGAAUACAGAAAACGUCGAAUGAUGUUUGCUGACAUCGCUUUAAAGUAUAAAUGGGGUCAACAGAUACCUAUUAUUGAAUAUACAGAAACCGAAAAAACGACCUGGGGACGUAUAUACCGUGAACUAACUCGCCUGUAUAAAACUUCGGCUUGUCAUGAAUUUCAAAGAAAUUUAGCAUUACUACAAGAUAAAGCUGGAUACAACGAAUUCGACCUACCUCAGUUACAAGUGGUAUCAGACUUUUUGAAAGCACGGACAGGAUUUUGUCUCCGACCAGUUGCAGGCUAUCUGUCUGCACGUGAUUUCCUGUCAGGUUUGGCAUUUCGCGUAUUCUAUUGCACUCAAUAUAUACGCCACCAGGCUGAUCCAUUUUAUACACCAGAACCUGACUGCUGCCAUGAGCUGUUGGGUCAUGUACCUAUGUUAGCUGAUCCAAAGUUUGCACGAUUUUCACAAGAGAUUGGCUUGGCUUCUUUGGGUACAAGUGACGAAGAAAUAAAGAAAUUAGCCACUUGCUACUUCUUCACCAUUGAAUUUGGUCUCUGUCGACAAGAUAACCAACUGAAAGCUUAUGGUGCCGGUUUGCUCUCAUCUGUUGCUGAACUACAGCAUGCUUUAAGUGACAAAGCUGUGAUUAAACCAUUCAUACCAAUGAAGGUUAUUAACGAAGAAUGCCUUGUUACAACUUUUCAAAACGGAUAUUUCGAAACUUCUUCGUUUGAAGAUGCAACACGUCAAAUGAGAGAAUUUGUACGCACUAUUAAGCGACCAUUCGAUGUUCAUUAUAACCCUUACACACAAAGCAUUGAAAUAAUAAAAACUCCCAAAUCAGUGGCGAAGCUUGUUCAAGAUUUACAAUUUGAACUCACUGCAAUCAACGAAAGCCUUCUUAAAAUAAAUAGAGAAGUUAAAAGUCAACAAUUCACAACUAAUAAAAUCGUAACCGAGGACCGAUCAAGCUAGUAUGAUUCUUGAAAGAACUUCAUUAUCAACUUAGUUAUCAGACGAAAUUGUUUCUGCUCUAUCAUCAACAUAUGUAUUAAUCAUUUUUACUUCUGUAAGUGCUUUAUCAUAUAUUCAUUUAUUGUUCCGCCUUGAAUUCUCUAACUAUUCGUCGUGCUUCAUCCAUAUAAUAUGCAACGAUUAAUGUUCUCUGCACGCUUGGUAGUAUCAAUAAUAUAUUUGAUGAAGUCCA